AUGGUUGCCGUGCCAGUCUGGGCCUUGAAGAUCGGCUGCUUCUAUGGCCUUAUAACCUGCGACACUGCCCCAGGUGUUUGGCCUGAGAGUACGCCGACUGUCAUUGCCUAUCAUCCUCCAACCUCGACUCCCUCUAGCACUCCCAGUAGUACUGGAGUGACUUCGACUGCGGGUGUCACUUCUAUUCCCUCGUUGACUCCAACUGUCUCGGCUUCCGUCUCUGUUUCGGCCUCUACUCCCAUUGGUAGUGGUUCGUCCAUCAGCACCGUUGUUCCGAGCAGCACCCCUGGUGUUUCCACUUUCGUUACUCUCACCUCUUCUGGUUCCAUUCCCUCGGUUUCUGCUUCGAGCUCAGUGAUUGUCACUGUCCCGUCGGGCUCAGCUAGCACCCCUGUUCAGAGUGGGUCCUCAUCUGUGAUCGGCUCCGCUUCGACUUCCAUUGUUUCGCCUUCUGGAAGUGUUUCUCCUAGCUCAUCGCCUUCUUCCAUUCACACCAACCCGGCCUCCUCCACUGUUGCCACUGGUGUCUCUUCUUCAGCAAACCUCCCAUCAGGAAGCUCCUCUCUGAGCAUCCCUGUCUCGUCUGCUGUUUCUAGCAGCCCGGUACCUUCAUUGCCUGCUUCGUCUUCCGUUGCUUCGUCUUCCGUUGCUUCGUCUUCCGUUGCUUCGUCUUCCGUUGCUUCGUCUUCCGUUGCGUCGUCUUCCGUUGCUUCGUCUUCCGCUGCUUCCUCGCACGUUGCCUCCUCGUCAUCGGUUGUUGCUCCAUCAUCUGUUGCUUCAUCCUCAACUGUUCCUUCUCACGUGUCAUCCUCUUCGGCCAUCUCUUCUUCGGCUGUGUCCUCUGUACCUGCAUCUUCCAGCAUCUCUGUGACUACUCCCAGCAUGUCUUCCUCUGCUGUCUCCAUCUCGGCAAGUGCCUCGGCCACACCGCUCGCCCACGCCGCCGUUGCGGCGAACGUUCUGAUUAUCGCCAGAGACUCCGCCUCAGCUAGUGUCGCUAGCUCUGGUCUGAACGGAUACGGUAUCCCCUUUACCCAUCUCAUUGUCCCCUCCGGCGGUGUUGCCCUUCCAGCUCUCAACGGCACCGCUGGUGGUAACUUCGGUGGUAUUGUUGUUGCAGCUGAAGUCAGCUACGACUAUGGUGCCACAGGCUUCCAGAGUGCUCUGACCACUGAUCAAUGGAACCAGCUUUACGCCUAUCAGAUCGAGUAUGGCGUUCGCAUGGUACAAUAUGAUGUUUACCCAGGCCCCAAUUAUGGUGCUAGUGCCCUCGGAGGCUGCUGUGACACAGGUGUUGAGCAGCUUAUUUCCUUCACUGAUACCAGCGACUUUCCUACUGCUGGUCUCAAGACUGGUGCCGGUGUAAGCACUACUGGCUUGUGGCACUACCCUGCCACCAUUAGUAACACUACCUCUACCAAGCAAAUUGCCUCCUUUGCUGCCACCACUGGCUUCACUUCUGACAGUGUUGCCGCUGUCAUUAACGACUUCGAUGGCCGUCAGCAGAUGGCUUUCUUCAUUGGAUUUGAUACCACCUGGAGUGCUACCUCCAGCUACCUGCAGCACGCAUGGAUUACCUGGAUCACUCGUGGUCUCUACGCUGGAUACCGUCGUGUCAACCUGAACACCCAGAUUGAUGACAUGUUCCUUGAGACCGAGCUUUACUCUCCUGCUGGUGUCAACUUCCGUAUCCGCGCCCAGGACUUGGCUAACGUUGCCACCUGGACUGAUAGCAUCAACUCCAUUAUGCCUGCUGGCAGCUCUUACUUCGUUGAAGUUGGUCACAACGGCAACGGAAAUAUUGAGAACUCUUCCGACAGCUCUGAUGCUGGUUGGUCGACCUGCGGUGCAGCCAUCGAGUACGACUCUCCCCCUGACACUGCACUUGAGUUCCAGAAGCCUCUUGGAACUGGUGAAGACUUGUGGCCUACCACCCCUACCACCUAUGACUGGACGUCUGCCUGUAACGCCAUGGAUGAGCUUCUCAUUUGGUGGACCAACGAGAGCAACCUCAACAAAUUUGGUCACAUCUCCCACACCUUCACCCACGAAGAACAGAACAACGCUACCUACAGUGAUGUCUACAAGGAGAUCAGCUUCAACCAGGCUUGGCUCAAGGCUGUCGGUAUUGACAAGGCUACCAAGUUCACUUCCAACGGUAUCAUUCCUCCUGCUAUCACUGGUCUGCACAACGGUGACGCCCUUCGUGCCUGGUGGGUAAACGGCAUCACCAACUGUGUCGGUGACAACACUCGCUCUGCUCUCCUCAACACCGAGAACGCUAUGUGGCCUUUGUUCACCACUGUUGCCAACAACGGCUUCGAUGGUAUUCAGGUCAACCCCCGCUGGGCCACCCGUAUUUACUACAACUGUGACACUCCUGCUUGUACUUUGCUCGAAUGGAUCAACACUUCUGCUGGCUCUGGCACAUUUGCCGACCUGCUCGCCACUGAGAAGGCUGACACCAUGCGCCACCUCUUCGGUCUUUACCACGACAGCUACAUGUUCCACCAGGCCAACCUCCGCAAUAUCGAUGUUGACCCAAUCACCAUCAACGGCGUGUCCAAGAAGUGGUCCAUCAUGGAGGCGUGGGUUGAGACUGUGGUUCAGGAAUACAUUCGUUUGGCUGAGUGGCCCAUCGUCACUCUCACUCACCAGGAGAUGUCCGCCUCAUUCCUGGCUCGUUACAACCGUGACAAGUGUGGCUACGCUCUGAGCUACGCCACCAGCAACAAACAGAUCACCGCAGUCACUGUCUCUGCCACUGGCAACACCUGUACUGAUCCCAUCCCCGUGACCUUCCCAGUUGCUCCUACCAGCACCCAGGGCUUCGCCACCGAACAGCUCGGUAGCGACCCCUUGACUGUUUGGGUUCAGCUCGCUGGCUCUCCUGUCACUUUCACCCUUUCUUCUCCCAUUCCCUUGUAG